GUGACAUUUUUCUCUCAUCCCAGCUGUGUGGACAGUGCCACACGCCCUCCUGAACAACGACGGCUCUUGCGUGCAUCUUGCGGUGUUUCAUUUGCCAGAGAGCCCAGCAGAGCCUCGUUACUGCCAGAGCCAGUACUGAGUUGAGUGAGGAGUGCCCAGCAGAGAUGGUGAAAAUGACAAAGUCCAAAACCUUCCAAGCUUACCUGCCGAACUGUCACCGAACAUACAGCUGCAUCCACUGCAGAGCCCACCUGGCCAACCACGAUGAGCUGAUCUCUAAGUCCUUUCAGGGAAGUCAGGGACGAGCCUACCUCUUCAAUUCCGUGGUGAACGUGGGCUGUGGCCCUGCGGAGGAGCGGGUCCUUCUCACUGGGCUUCAUGCGGUCGCAGACAUCUACUGUGAGAACUGUAAGACGACACUCGGGUGGAAAUAUGAGCAUGCCUUCGAGAGCAGUCAGAAGUAUAAGGAAGGGAAAUUCAUCAUUGAACUUGCCCACAUGAUCAAGGACAAUGGUUGGGAGUAAAGUGAACACUUUCCUUUCUCUUUUGAAUACUAUUUUGUGAAAGAAACUAUGAAUGUGAUAGAAACACAGGGCAUCCUGGUGACAUUUCCUGAACUUUAACCCUGCAGGCCGGCCAUGUAGCUCUCAGCACCUGGAGGUCCCUCGCGACUCCUGGGUAAGGCAUCCCCUCUCAUCAUUGGCUUCUUCAUGUAUGUGGUUGUUUCUGAAAAUUUUCAACGACUUUUUUCUAAUUUGCAAGUUCUAGAGGAAGAAUUAACCAACUGACGACCUGUCUGCCUAGUCAGUAUCUUCUUUUAACCUAUGCCUUCAAUAUAGUUUGUGUUUCUUUAGUGUUCAACAGAAAACCAAACCAAGUCACCAAGACCACAGAGGCAGGGUCUCUUUAGAGAGUGAGUCUCACCUCUCCCUUUUUUUUAGAGUAAACGUAUAAAAAUUAUAGCCCUUUUAAUUUUCACAGUUUGCAAAACUAUGAAUUAUCUAUUCAUAAUCUUGCAGAUGAACUGUUAAAGCAUAGCGCUUAAGAAUCUUCCAGAAGCGGUCAACAGACUUACACACUAAAGGCAUUUUUAGCCUGAUCAAAAACAGAGGACAGCACAGAUAACAUUUUAGUUAGUAUGAGUAGAGUGAUGUGCCUAGUGGAACAUCUUGUUUAAGCCACUAGUUUCCUUAUCUAGAAAGCAGGUGAACUAGUCAUAGAGACGACUGCCCCAGGGCAUGGAGAGGUGACAUCCUCGUGGGGUCUGCUCCAGGGGUGGCACCCUCAGGGGUGACAGUGGCUUAGGUGUCCAGUGGCUGGUCCGUGUAGUUAUAGAGUAACACACUGGCCCAAGGAAAAGUCAGAUUUCAUUUUCUACCCUGGAUGUACUUGAAGAAAAAGAAUUAUUUUUACAUAGGAAAGAGGCCAGAACCAACAGGAAAAACUUCAAAACUUGAGAUUUGCCAGAUUGUUCUAAACUUUUUUCAGAAGAAGUUAAAGUUGCGAGACCUUUGUAAAUGAAGACAUCUGGUUUGCUGACUAUGUCGCCCUCCCUGCCUGUGCUGUCAUGUGAACUGACAGUAGGGAACUGUGCGAUCUCCUAAGUACUGUUUUAAGUUAUGCUUCCCCU